AUGGUCUCAAAGGUCCUCCUGAGCGUUUUGCUAGCAGUGGCGGCGGCUGCCCCUCAGAGUUACAGGCCACCAUCCAACACCUACUCGGCGCCCGGCGGAAGCUCCGGCCCCGUCGUCCCCAUCCUCGUGGACGACCGCGAAGGACCUGAUCAGUUCGGCAACUACAACUUCAACUUCGAGACUGGCGACGGCAUCAGCCGCCAGGAGCAGGGCGCUCCCCAGGGCGAGCUCGGCGCCGUGGCCUCGCAGGGCGGAUGGAGUUUCACCUUCCCCGAUGGCACCCCCGGAGUGUUCAGUUUCGUUGCCGACGGCGCUGGCUACCAGCCCCAGUCCAACCUGCUGCCCACGCCCCAUCCUCUCCCCGCCCACGCGAUCGCACAGAUCGAGAAGGCUCGUCAGGAGGACGCCGCCGGCGCAUCUCAUUCCUCGGCCCCUAGCAGAAACUAUGGACUUCCUUGAACACACUCCAGUCACAAAGGACUCCCGUGAGUCUCGUCCAUUUGAGCUCUCAUGAGGUUCUGCCCGUCUAUCAUCUGUCACCUCUCCAUAAUGUGUGCUUUCUGUUGUGAGUGAGUUGUAUAAUAAAUAUU